AUCGCUGUAGUGUGUUGUAGGCUGCUAGCGUUUGAGUAGUUUCGCUGGCUGACAUUAGCUGUCUGUUAUUAUCAGCUAACUAACCGCUAAACACGACGCUAAUAGCUAGUUAGCAAGCGCUGCUAUAUCGCAAGCUAGCUUGUACAACAGUGUGGGGUGGGGGGGACUGCUAGUUACAUAGCAUUUCACAAUGUUACAUUAUCAUAGCAUAUCCUGAAGCCAAGGCUACCACCUUUCUGGUGGUUACAAGGAAGAUAGUCUAACUAGCUACCGGCCGCGAACUAAGUAUUCUAGCUAGCUACAGUACUGACCGUUUGUGCACUGUUGAGUUAGCAAUAGCCAGGACAUGCCUCAUUGACCCUAACCUACUAACUAGAUGCCUGUCUUCUAUGUGUAACAUAUACACUUGGAUUGUUAAUGCCUAUCCAGCCCUAUUUUAACUCCUGAGAUACGGGUCUAUCUAAAACAUUUUAGAGCAAACUAAGUCGCCAGGUCGUUAACUAGAGUAAUUAGCUAGCCUACUUCAAGGAGCUAUCUGAAGUUACUAGAUUCAUUUUUAGACCUUUUUAAAUAUUUUGUUUGGUGCAUACCCAUUAAUUAUUGAAUAAUAUAACUAGUAGAUGCCUCGAGCUUAGUUCAACUGUCAUACCCCCAUCAGAACCCACAAUGUGGUGAAGUCAAACCAAAGAGUAAAUACACCGGACAUAAACGUCACCAAAAAUACAUUUAGCAUGGAGGACUUAGGUCGAGGAGCCAGCUACACAGUGCCCUGUGACGACUACGUCCAUGUGGUGGAGUUCAGCCCCUUUGACAGUGGCUCAGCUGCGUCCCUCCUGGCCUAUGGAGGAAACCAGUAUGUGGUGGUUGGCACCUGCCGCUUCCAGGAGGAGGAUAUGGAGGUAGAGGGGGUUGAAUUCACCACACUGCGUGUUUUCCAUCAUGCGUUACGUGUGGAUUGCCUUGCAUGGAGCCCUGAGUCUCGGCUGGACAAGCUGCCCCAACUCAUCAGAUUUUGCACUGCUGCGGCAGACAGAAAAGUGAGGCUGUUGACUUCUGAUCUUCAGAAUCAACAUGAAGUCAAGGUGAUGGAGGGUCACACCAGCUACAUCAACCACUUAGUGUUUGAACCCACGGAGGGGAAACAAAUGGCUUCGGUCAGCGAUGACCAUACAUGCAGGGUGUGGGACCUGGAGGGGAAUGAAACCACUACAUUUAGACUACGCUCUCCUGGCGUCAGUGUGUGCUGGCAUCCUGAAGAUGCCUUCAAGCUGAUGGUGGCUGAGAAGAAAGGGACGAUACGCUUCUAUGACCUGGUUACCCAGCAGGCCAUUCUUUCUCUGGAUUGCGGCCAGUCGCCGCUCAUGUCGGCCGACUGGUGCCUCACCAACACCAUCAAGGUGGGCGCGGUGACGGGCAGUGACUGGGUGAUCUGGGAUAUUACCCGCUCCAGUUACCCACAAGAGAAGAGGCCUGCCCAUGUAGAACGAGCAGGAAACUUCAGGUGGUCUCGGGUCAAUGAGAAUCUCUUCUCCACAACAGGAUGUCCAGGCAAGAUCAGCAGUCAGUUACUAGUGCAUCACCUAGGUCACCCACAGCCCGUGAUGAUUGGAUCAGCCACGGUAGGGGCGGGUCUAAGCUGGCACAGGUCCCUCCCACUCUGUGUCAUUGGCGGUGACCGAAAGCUCUCUUUUUGGAUGACAGAAAUGUAAUGCAGUCACUCCCUAUGGACAUAUGGGAGGCAAUGCAAAUGUACAUUGAAACUGUUUGACCUGAGGUGUGGUUGGAUAUUUCUAUUUUCAUACUUUUUCAAUAAAGUAUUUCAUUUUC